AUGGUAAACACUACUGGUUUAGCAGAGAAUGAUACUGUUACUAACGAAUAUCCUGGUGAUGUCGAUAACAGUACAACGUCAUCCAGCCAGGGAGAAUUUCACAGGGAGGAAACAACUCGAGGGGUUAUCUUGGGGUCAUUCUUUUACGGCUACAUCACAACCCAAAUACCAGGUGGCUGGUUGGCCGGGAAAAUCGGGGGGCGCCGGCUGUUUGGUUAUGGUGUAUUGUGUACAUCUGCUCUGGCACUGUUAACGCCCGUUGUGGCCAGAUGGAGCUUACCAGGACUGAUUGUGUUGAGAAUUGUAGAAGGGAUAGGAGAGGGUGUGAUGUUUCCAUCGAUGCACGCCAUGUUUGGGGCGUGGUUACCAAUAUUAGAGAGAAGUAAACUCACUUCAUUAGCUUAUUCUGGAUCUCAGAUAGGAACCGUUAUCUCCCUUCCUAUAUCCCGAUAUCUUUGUGAUUCUGAUCUAGCUGGUGGAUGGCCGCCUGUCUUCUAUGUCCUUGGUACUCUAGGGAUUGUAUGGGUGAUAGCAUGGUUGUUAUUAAUACAUGAUACACCAGAUCAACAUCCACGUAUUUCUAAAGCAGAAAGAACUCACAUAGAAGAGUCUAUUGGUAAAAAAGAGGAUCUGAAGACACCGUGGAAAAGUAUAUUAACAUGUGGUCCCCUAUGGGGAAUAGCUGCUGCCCAUUUCGCCUGUAACUGGGGGAUGUAUUCUAUGUUGACAUGUUUACCAACGUACAUGAUACAAAUUCUAAAAUUUAAUAUAAAAAAGAACAUUUUAUUAUCAGUAGUACCGUAUUUAGCUUUAUGGAUUUUACAAGUUGUAUCGGGUUAUUUAGCUGAUUUUAUACGUAGAAAUAAUCAUAUGAAUACUUUAAAUACACGUAGAGUUCUCAAUACAUCAGGUUAG